AUGGUUCAUACCGGGCUUGUAAGGAUGGAUAAAUCAUCUCGUAGUAAAUUUUAUUUUAUAUUUGAAUUCUGUGAUCAUGAUCUAGCGGGUAUAUUACGAAAUCCUAAUGUUAAAUUUAGUCUUGGUCAUAUUAAAUCUAUAAUGCAACAAUUAUUAGAUGGUCUAUAUUUUAUUCAUAAAAAUCAUAUUAUUCAUCGUGAUAUUAAAUCAGCAAAUAUCUUAAUAACACGUAAUGGGGUACUUAAACUUGCUGACUUUGGUCUAGCGAAAGUGAUUACACCACCAAAACCUAAUCAUCAAAAUCGAUAUACAUGUCGAGUCGUUACUCUAUGGUAUCGUCCACCAGAAUUAUUAUUAGGUGAACGUGAUUAUGGUCCAGCUAUUGAUAUGUGGGGCACUACUGAACAACAUCAACUUGAAUUAAUAUCUCAUUUAUGUGGUAGUAUAGAACCAAGUGUUUGGCCAGGUGUGAAUAAGUUACCGUUAUAUACAAAAUUAAAAUUACCACAAAAUGAACGCCGUAAAGUUCAUGAUCGAAUGAAACCAUAUAUUCAAGAACCAUUAGCACUCGAUUUAAUCGAUAAAUUAUUAACAUUAGAUCCAAAACAACGUAUUGAUGCAGAUAAUGCUGUUAGUUCAGAUUUCUUUUAUUCUGAACCGCCAUUAGCCGAUUUAAAACCACUAUUAUCAAAAUAUCCAUCAAUGUUCGAACUUAAAGAAGUUUCACGUAAUGCAUAUAAUCCUCAAAUGCAACAACAACAGCAACAGCAACGUAUGAAACAACCAAGACCAAAUGUACCUAAUCUACCAUCAGAACCAAUUUAUUAG